UAUAACCGAGGGGGAGCAGAUAGAACUCUUUUUGUGAAGCAUCUGAAGAAUAAUUUCAUUGUAGCACAAAUAUAUGUGGAUGACAUAGUUUUUGGGGCUACUAAAGAUAAGGAUGCUGCUGAGUUUGCAAAGUUAAUGACCAGUGAGUUUGAGAUGUCAAUGAUGGGAGAACUUAAUUAUUUCCUCGGGCUUCAAGUCAAACAAUCAAAAGAUGGAAUUCAUUUGUCACAGACAAAGUAUGCGAAGGAACUAGUUAAGAAAUUCGGAUUAGAAAGUGCAAAGGAUUUUGACACUCCGAUGGGUACAAGCAAUAAAGGAUUAGGGAUGAACUCAGAGGGUCAGAGUGUGGAUGAGAAACAAUACAGAAGCAUGAUUGGUAGCCUUUUAUAUCUGACUGCAAGCAGACCUGACAUUGCGUUUAGUGUUGGAAUAUGUGCUAGAUAUCAGGCUAAUCCUAAGGAAGUACAUUUGAAAGCAGUUAAAAGGAUUAUUCGAUAUGUUAAAGGAACAACCGAGUAUGGACUAUGGUAACCUAUGGGAACGUCUCUUGACCUAAUCGGCUACUCGGAUGCUGACUGGGCAGGCUCCGCAGAUGAUCGGAAAAGUACUAGUGGGGCUUGUUUUUACAUCGGACAUUGUUUGGUUGCUUGGCACAGUAAGAAGCAAAAUUGUAUUGCACUAUCCACUGCCGAGGCUGAGUAUAUCUCUGCUGGUAGUUGCUCUACUCAGUUGUUAUGGAUGAAGAGCUUACUAAGCGACUAUCGGAUUCCCUCUACCACUCUGACCAUUCUGUGUGACAACACGAGUGCAAUUAAUAUUUCUAAAAACCCUGUUUUACAUUCUCGAACAAA